UCAUUCAACAUGAGAGCCCUCAUUUUGCUGGCAUUAGUCAUUGGGGUGGCCUACUGCGCUCCGCAAUUGAUGUAUUAUGAGCUAGAGUACAAACCUGUCCCGGCCUCACAGGGCCUUCCUGCGGCCGCUGCUGCAGCUAGACCUUCAGAGGUCGAGAUUCUUUUGGCAGCUCAGCAGGCUGCAGCUGGAGUUCCUGGUCAACCUGUCCGCGGCUUCAUUAAGCAUGAGAUUCCCCAGCCCCCAGGCAAAGAAAGUGUUGAAGUUCUCUACCCAUUCAGCUUUCCUCAACCUGCCCCUGCUGUUCCUGCUGUUCCUGCUGUUCCCGCUGUUCCAGCUGUUCCAGCUGUUCCUGUUGUUCCCGCUGCUCCUGCUGCCCCUGCCCCUGUUCCAAAGGACGACGAUGAUGAUGAUCAUGAUGACUGA